GCCCGGCAGCCCCCCGGCCUCCCGCUCGCCCCGUGCUGUGCCUUCAGCAACAACAAGAUCCUGGUGGAGCUGGACGAGAGCUCAGGUGUCGCCACGAUGAAGUUCAAGAGUCCCCCAGUGAACAGCCUCAGCCUGGACUUGCUCACCGAGUUCUGCAUAAGUCUGGAGAAGCUGGAGAACGACCGGGCCUGCCGGGGCGUGAUCUUCACAUCCGCUGUCCCCAAAAUCUUCUCAUCUGGCCUGGACAUCACCGAGAUGUGCGGGAAGAGCACGGAGCACUACGCCGAGUUCUGGAGAGCCGUGCAGGAGAUGUGGCUCCAGCUGUACGGCUCCAACAUGGUGACAGUCGCCGCGGUCAAUGGGUCCAGCCCGGCGGGGGGCUGUCUCAUUGCCUUGUCGUGUGACUACAGGAUCAUGGUGGAGAACCCCAAAUUCAGCAUCGGGCUGAACGAAGCCCAGCUGGGCAUUGUGGCUCCCUUCUGGUUUAAGGACACGUUUGUGAACGUUGUGGGACACCGAGUUGCUGAAUGCUCCCUCCAGCUGGGCUCCCUCCACCCCGCACCCGAGGCCCAUAGGCUUGGGCUCGUGGGGCCGGAGGAGAAGGGGCAGGAGGAGGCGGCGUCCGUAAUGGCACAGUGGCUGGCCCUUCCCGACCAUGCCCGUCAGCUCACCAAAUCCAUGAUGAGGAAGGCAAUCCUGGACCGCCUGGUAGCUCACCGAGAGGAAGACAUUCAAAACUUCAUCAGCUUCAUUUCGAAAGAGUCCAUCCAGAAGUCACUCCGCAUGUACAUGGAGAUGCUGAAGAAGAAGAAGAGCUGA